AGCAGUGUCGUGCGCAGGAUUCGUGCACCUAUCCAACGAUCCGACCGUGCAAUCAUCAGUUGAAAAGGAAAAAAGCAGGAAUGCAGAUGUGUGGAAGAAGGUAGAGAAGGAGAAGGGCGACAGAGCAAGAAGCAUCAACGACGGCGAGGGCCAGAGCGAUACCGGAACGAUACGUCGAACGAUUGCGAACGAGGUAGGUUUGGAACGGAAUCAGACGCUAAUGAUCGGCAGAAGAUCAAUCGUAUGAGUAGAAAAGCUGCGGAUCAAUGGGAGUGGAACCGAAUGCCGAAUAGAUCGUAAAGUAAACAGGCGCGGUCGAUCGAAGAGUCUGUGGAAUCGGAUCAAGUUGAGAGUGGAUGCAGGCCAGGGAAAGUAAGUGAAAAGAAGACAGCAGCACGUAGCCGUGGUGGAAGCGUGGUGGAGAAGUGCAGAGGUGGAAUACGAGCUGUGGUGUGGUGGUGGUAGUGGUGGUGGUGAAAACAGGAGAGAAUCAGGAGGUAGAGGUGGAGGAGGAGGAGGCUUGCCAGCCAGCCGCCGCGCCGCGCCGGAAGAGCAUCAACGGGGGCGGGGAAGGUGUCCACCGAACGGAACGACCGCUCGGUGAUACGAAUAGCGAGUCCAACGGUUCGUCGAACGGAUACGGAUAUAUAGACUACUAUCGGCGAUAGUUGCCGAUUUUACGCUGGUCCGUAUUCAGCGGCAGGGGAGGAAAGUGCAAGAGAAAUAGGAAGAGAAGGCGCGGGAGGAGGAGGGGGUGGCGGCGGUGGCGGCGGUGGUUGUAAUAAGUCAGCAGGAUGGCGGACACCAGUCAACAGCAACCGUUGUCCGAACCACAUACGAACGGAGCAGUGGACGGUUUGACGGAAGAAGAGAAGAGUAAGAUGCGGCCUGCCGAUAUUGACGCGGAUAUGAGGGAAAUGGAGAGAAGGAAGAGAGUCGAAAUGAUGAUGAACUCUCGACUUUUUCGAGAGGAAUUAGAACGUAUAAUCGAGACGCAAAUGAAAGACGGUGCUGGACCCUCGGGUCUCUUACAGCAAAUAUCCGACAUGAUGGGUGCGCAGGGUGCUCGGUUCAACGCGAAUGUGUUUAAAAAUUCGAAUUGCGUACUGCCCAUUAACGACAUUCGUGGUGUCGAGAGCAUGGGUUACGCAAAAGGAGAGAAAUUGCUGCGCUGCAAGUUGGCAGCGGUGUUCAGACUGCUUGAUCUCUAUGGUUGGACUCAAGGCGUGGGCGGACUAAUUACAGCACGCUUGAAUCAAGACCAAGAACAUUUUUUAGUCAAUCCGUAUGGCUUGUUGUAUCACGAAGUCACUGCCUCGAGCUUGAUCAAAGUCGACAUGCAAGGGCAGGUCGUGGAGCAAGGAACUACUAAUUUUGGAGUUCACGUAGCUGGAUUCCAGUUGCACUCAACGAUUCAUGCUGCACGACCCGAUAUCAAGUGCAUCGUUCACAUUGCCACUCCGUCCGUUACUGCUAUCUCGUCGUUGAAGUGCGGACUGUUGCCAAUUGGACAAGAGAGUAUAGUGAUAGGAGAGGUAAGCACGCAUCAAUACGUAGGCGGAUCUUUCGAACCGGAGGAAAAAGAGAAGAUAGCUAGAAAUCUUGGCCCGAUGAACAAAGUCAUGAUGUUAACGAAUCGCGGUGCUCUCUGUUGCGGAGAAACCAUCGAGGAAGCGUUCUUCAAUGUCUAUAACAUGGUCCUAGCUUGCGAGGCCCAGCUGAAACUAAUGCCUGCCGGUCUGGAUAAUCUAAAUCUCAUCUCCGAGGAAUCUAAGAAAGCUAUAUUCGAGGCUUCUAGAAAACCACCGACGCCUCAGCACGCGGUCGCGAUCCCCGAGAGCACGGCUCUCACUGACAAACUUGAAAAGCGUUGGCGAAUCGGUGGUACCGAGUUCGAGGCGCUUAUGCGAAUGCUCGAUAACGCGGGUUUCCGAACCGGUUACAUAUAUAGGAACCCAUUGGUGAAAGGAGAUCCUCCGCGGCCUCGGAACGACGUCGAGGUGCCUCCAGCGGUCUCGUCUUUAGGAUAUUUACUCGAAGAGGAGGAACUUUAUAAACAGGGACUUUGGAAAGGCGGUCGCAAGGGCACGGACAGAUCACGCUGGUUAAAUUCGCCGAAUGUGUAUCAAAAGGUCGAAAUACUCGAAACAGGAACUCCCGACCCGAAAAAAAUUACUAAGUGGGUGUCAGACGGCUCUCCGACCCAUAGCAGUACACCGGUGAAGAUCGACUGUGCCCUUCAGUUUGUACCGAAAAAUACCAAUCCAAAGGAAUUUAAACAAAUCCAGCAGCAGAUAAAGGAUUACCGUCGAGCAGACAAAAUUUCGGCUGGGCCACAAUCUCAUAUACUGGAAGGAGUUACAUGGGAGGAGGCUAAAAAGAUGCAGGAUGCAACGAUCAGUGGAACGGGAGAACAAGUAGUGUUGGUAGGAGCAGCUAGCAAAGGUAUUAUUCAAAGAGGCUUUCAACAUAACGCGAUGGUUUAUAAGACGCCAUACGCCAAAAAUCCGUUCGACGCUGUUACCGAUCAAGAACUCGAUCAAUAUAAAAAGGAUGUGGAACGCAAACAGAAAGGAGAUAUUUACGACGAAUCGCAGUCAGAAUCGGAAGCACUGUCGUCGUUCAAUGUUAGCCGAGCAACGCACGAAUCGAGCACUGCCAAAAGUCCGAUACAGUCACCGGUGUCGGUGACGUCGGAAACGGAGGAGGAAAGCAGAGACGAACCCCGAGUACUACGAAUAGAAACGAAACAAGUGCCUGCACCGAGUCAACCCGAGGUUGUGUUGAGCGACGGGGAAAAUACAGUAAACGGCGAUCACUCCGAUGCACAUCAUAGUACAUUUUCUCAGAGUAGCAAAGAGGGUUCCGUGUCGCAGGAUGUGAGCGUUAGCGAGGAGUCACCGAAAAAGGAAAAGAAGAAGAAGAAAGGCCUCAGGACACCGUCUUUCCUAAAGAAGAAGAAAGAGAAGAAGAAGCCUGCCGAGGCGUAGGUAGUCCUAACUUUGACACUGCCACGAGCAAAAGCUUAUCGCAAAUAAAAGAACAAUAUUAUCGAACGAAGAUUCUAACGCGAGACAGAAGAGUCGGAGAUCGCAAAGCGAAUUAAAAAGUACAUAUACCGAAGACGAAUGAUAAAAAAUGAAUGAUGUAAGGAAGAGAAGAGGAAAAAAUAAGGAACAUAGGAAAUAGGAAUUAUAUAGAGGAUAGAAGGCAAAAAUUAAGAAAAAUUGAAAUAACCGUGCAACAAUCACAGCAUCUUUCCAGGACUCAAGACUGCCAUCGCAUUACGUCUACGAUAAGAAACUAUAUUGUACUGUUAAUGUUUUUACGUUUUUAAUUUGUUAAAGCGUCGCGCUGAACUAUUUAAUCCGCUAUUUAAUUUUGCCUCCCCAGCCCCAUUUGUGUAAUGCAAUAAAAACAAGAGAAAAGAAACGAAGCUAAGUGAUAAGAAACAACUGAAAA